AAAAAAACAAAGACGAUCACAUUUUCCUCCAAAGCGUAGAAUCAAAGCAAAGCCAAUGGGAAAGAAAAAAAUCUCUAAUCCCACUAAUGUUUGUUCACAUAUAUAAACCAACAAUGUGGACAUAUUUCGUUGUAAACACAAAGCGAGGAUGCAGAGAAAAGAGAUUAAUGAUGAAAACAGAGGCGUUUGUUGCCGUCUGAUAAGGUACGUGGUGGUUAAACUCAUGGCGGGUCAGAAGGAUGAUAAGUCUGUGAAAAAGAAACUUAUCAAGAAGGAGUCAAAAUCUGAUAUCAAAAUUCACUUCAAGGAAAGAGAAGAAGACUCUGAGGCUAAUGCCAUCAGCUCACGCUCUAGAGCAGAGACAGAGAGUGUUAUCAUGCUGGUUAAUGGUAGUGACGUGAAGAACGUAGGAAGGGAAGCUAGCUUUGUGCGACCUCAUGCGGUGGUGAUGGCUAAGCCUGAAGAUGUGAUGAGAAGAUCACAACCGAAGCCAGUUUCGAUUGAUAUUGAUAAGAAAUCAGAUGCUUUCAUCCAGAGUAGACUCGAGAGGAUGAGAAAAAGGCUUUAGCCCCUGCCUUCUAGAACCAGAGUUACACUCGUGGUAAUCAUAUACUAAUGUGUUUUUAUCUAUAAAUUCUUUUUUUUUUUUUUACGAAACAAAUACUGUCUUUAUUCUUGAUAAAUAACGUCUAUCUCUACUCAUUCAUAUACUACUUGUAUUGUGACUAUGUAAUAUUUUCCAGUUUA